CGUGCCGACGUCGAUUGGCCGCCCCGUGACUGAGGUCACUAGCGUGCGACGGUCGCUCCGAGAUCGGAAGCUGCGGGCCGGCGCCCAGGGCCCGAGGAGCAGCAGUGAUGUGUGUGGGCUGCGUGCUGAGGGAGUAUCCGGACCGGGGUAACACAUGCUUAGAGAAUGGCUCCUAUCUACUGAAUUAUGUGGGUUGUGCUAAGUGCAGUAAAAGAGACUUUGUGCUGAUUACUAAUAGAACCCAGGACGAUGAUGACGGAGAAGAAAUUGUUACAUAUGACCACAUAUGUCAGAAUUGCCACCAUAUUAUAGCAAGACAUGAAUACACGUUUACUGUUGUUGAUGAGUACCAGGAAUAUACUAUGUUGUGUAUGCUGUGUGGAAAAGCGGAAGACUCUAUCAGUGUAUUGCCAGAUGAUCCACGGCAAAUGGCUCCCCUCUUCUGAAAUCUGUUUCUGUACAAUUCAGGGAAUGUGUUUGCAUAGGGUAUGCGAUAUCAAGUUAGAGAAAUGAACGAUAAACUGAAAUGGAAACCCCUUCAUUUAAACUUGCUACUAGAGGAUGUUCCAUAAAUAGUCCUCUUUGGCACUUCUCAAAAAUAAAUUUUUGCUUGUAUUGUUGUAUUUACCAGUACUACCUUGCAACUCAAUUGUUUUAACCUGCUGAGUUUCCUGCCUAAUGUACAACUUGCAUGACCUUCCAAAGCAUUCUGAGAAAGGAGAUGAUGGUUCUGUUUUUAAUCCCUUUAUCGUGAAUAAUUCCAAAACAAUUUGUAUUCUAUUUAUGUGUCCCUCUUUAACACCUCAGAAGGCUGUGUGCCUUGCUUUGGGAAAUAACUUCUAAUGGGUCUACAACCCAACUUUUCCUAAUUCUUAGGUACUGGCUGAGCUAGGGUGCUAGUUACAACGACUCAGCGUAGUUAAUAGAUCCAAAGAGAACAUUGUCCCAGUGCACAGUGCAGUGCAAAACCAAUCAGGUUCUGCCGCAUCUUGUAUUUUAUUUGUUGUAGGAUGUGGAAAUUUCAGCAAUGUUAUCCAUCCUAGUUCCCCUGACGUAUGAGGCAGUUAGAAGUCAACUGUGUAGCUGGUGUGGAAGUAGAGUACAGGUAGGCCAGAUAAGGAUGGAAAGGUUUCUUCUCAGAAAGUUUUCUUCUCUGAAAAUUUUUGCAUUUUUGAACCAGACAGGUUCUUAUGUUGACCCAGUGGAGUUGUCAAGCACUCCAGAAUUUAAACACAAUAUUGCACUAUAUUAAAAUUUCUAUUAUAUUCUAAUAUAAUCCCAGUAAAAUAGUUUGGGGUUAGAUCACAAACAUGAGAAAAUCUACAGAUGCUGGAAAUCCAGGCAGCAUCUGUGGAAAAGAGUGAACAAUUGAUGUUUUGGGCUGAGACCCUUCAUCAGUAAUUGGGGUUAGAUUAUUGGGUUUCUGAAUAACUUCCUUGUCCUUUGAAGCCGAAUUGAGAAUUGUAUCAAAGUGAAUUUGAACGCUUAUCUUUGUUCAAUAAAUGAGGAUAUGAAAUUCAGGGAGAAAAAUAAUUAUAUUUGUGGCUGCUUGAACAAAUGUCUUUAAUAUGUGUUCUGUCUUAGAGCAAACUUGUUUGCAUCAUAAAGAUCACCUAAUGUUGUGCCUUGGGCUGCCAACUGCUAGGAAUAUAUUCACUUGUACUUCAUUUAACAGGCUAAUGAGGUACUGCCACACCGAGCUACCACGCUAGGCAUUAUUUUUUGUUAGUUGAUCUGUUGAAUAAGUUGAAAUUUUAUCUUCUGAUGAAGGAUAGCUUUCAUUCACACUAAACCAUAAGAUCUGUUCUCUUUUGGAAUUGAUGUAUUUUGCUCAGAAACUCUUAAUAUCUGCAAUAAUGAAACUAGUAUACCAUCACUAUGUGGUUAUUUUAUUCAUUACUGCUCUGCAUUGUAUGAAGAGUCAUUAACUAGGGCAAUAAUGAAAGCAUUUUAAAGCAAAUUAAAACUAGACUGACAGUCUUUCUUAGUCAUCACUGGACCAAGAAAUUUCCAAGAUGUUCAUCAGAUAUACCCAAUUACUGCAGGAGCGGAUAGAAAUAACACCUACAACAGUGUUUUAACAGACACCAGACAACUGACUGGGCAUGUCUUGAUAAAGGUCCAGGUUGCUUCUUGGCUUGACAUUGUUUCUUGUGAGAUAACACAUAAAGGAAAUUGAGGUGAUAUUUUCUUACAUCAGCCGAUUACUGAAUUUUCUGAACCACGGCAUUUGAGAUAUCUUACACUUUGGUUUUUAAAGUAUUGCUUUUCUGGAGCAGCUUGAUUGGGAUGGACCUUGGGGAGCAAAAUUAUCUGUGCAAGUCAGCAAGAGAAUGCUGGUUAAUUUAUUUAUUGCCAUCCUCAGCCUCUUAAGCUGCUUUUAUCUCGGGUUGACUGCAGGGAGGAUUAAAUAUUUGAAAUUAAUUUUGUUAGUGAUCUAGUUUGUGUUUGGAUAUGCCCUGUAGCCAAGAGGCUGUUAACAUUCCUCAGAUAAUUGUGGCUAAUCACUGCCUACACUGCCGUGUGAAGUGUACCUCGUUAACAUCUGUUUGUUGCUCAAUAGUUCAUUGCUUUUGUAAUACUUGAUUUAACCUGCUAAAUUCUACCUGUGAGUAAUUUUGGUAAAAGACUCUUUUAAAUUGCAGUUUAAAAAAUAAAAAUUUG